AUGGUAUCACGAAAGAGGUGGCUCCCCAUCGUGGCCCUCCUGCUGUUGGCCGCCUCUGCCCUCUGGCCGCCGGUCGCAGCAGCAGCAACAGCCGCCGCCGGCGGCGCCAGCGGCGGCGGCGAGGCCGAUCACGCCGUUCAGCAGCAUAGCGAGCGCAUCUCAGGGAGUGCUGGUGAUGUGUUAGAAGAUAAUCCUGUGGGGAGGUUGAAGGUCUUCAUUUAUGACUUACCAAGGAAGUACAACAAGAAGAUGGUCACCAAGGAUCCACGGUGCCUCAGUCACAUGUUCGCCGCUGAAAUUUUCAUGCAUCGUUUCUUGCUCUCAAGUGCUGUCCGGACACUAAAUCCCAAGGAAGCUGAUUGGUUCUAUACACCAGUUUACACUACUUGUGAUUUAACUAAUGCUGGACUGCCCUUGCCAUUUAAGUCACCACGGGUGAUGAGGAGUGCAAUCCAAUAUAUUUCAAACAAAUGGCCCUUCUGGAAUAGGACUGAUGGUGCAGAUCACUUCUUUGUUGUUCCGCAUGAUUUUGCAGCAUGCUUCCACUAUCAGGAAGAAAAGGCUAUUGAGCGUGGAAUUCUUCCAUUGCUGCGACGUGCUACAUUGGUCCAAACUUUUGGACAGGAGAAUCAUGUUUGUCUGAAGGAGGGUUCCAUCAUUAUUCCACCCUAUGCUCCUCCGCAGAAAAUGCAAGCUCACUUGAUUUCCCCUGACACUCCACGCUCAAUCUUCGUUUACUUCCGGGGACUUUUCUAUGACACUGGAAAUGACCCUGAGGGCGGAUACUAUGCAAGAGGUGCGCGAGCUUCGCUAUGGGAGAACUUCAAGAGCAACCCUCUGUUUGACAUUUCCACAGACCACCCUGCCACUUACUACGAAGACAUGCAACGUGCUGUCUUCUGCCUGUGCCCAUUGGGCUGGGCACCAUGGAGCCCUAGGUUGGUCGAGGCUGUGGUCUUUGGUUGCAUUCCCGUCAUCAUAGCUGAUGAUAUUGUGCUUCCAUUUGCGGAUGCAAUCCCAUGGGAGGAAAUCGGAGUCUUUGUCGAGGAGAAGGAUGUCCCAAAGCUAGACACAAUCCUCACGUCCAUGCCUAUAGAUGACAUCUUAAGAAAGCAAAGGUUACUUGCAAAUCCAUCGAUGAAGCAGGCCAUGCUGUUCCCGCAGCCAGCGCAACCAAGGGACGCGUUCCACCAAAUCUUGAACGGCCUUGCUCGGAAGCUCCCGCACCCUGAGGGUACGUACUUACAACCUGGCGAUCAGCGCCUCAACUGGACCGCCGGACCUGUGGGAGAUCUGAAGCCAUGGUAG